GAAACACUCUUCGCAUACCCGCCGUUUACAGCGCGUGCACAACCAUCACGACAGUGCCCGCAGCAGUGGCCGAAUAGAAGCUCUUUGAAGGCACAUCCGCGCUUCCAGGAGUUUUUCCGGUACCAGUGAUCACAUUCUCCGCAAACGAACCGCUCAACCGUGGUUGUCGCACACGCGUGACUUUGUUCGCCGGCCACGUCCUUCAUCUACCGGACGAGACCUCGGGCACGUCCAGUUCUACAUUGCGAUUUACGCCCUCCGUGACAUAAUCACUGCAACCCAAGCCCUGCACCACACAAGCAGACACAAAACCCACCGCUACCAUGAGUUGCACAAAGAUACCGGCAAGCGUCAUCAUGCCGCCCAAGGAGCUGAAGCAAUACAAGCGAUGGCAGUGCUUGCACACCAACGUUAGACCAGUUGAGCAAGGCUACAUUCCUUCAGCACACGAAUACGAAGACUUCCACCAGUGGCUGAAACGACAAGACUCAGGAUACUUCUCGGACAUAUUCGAUGAUAUCACUGGUCACAUCUCAGAUAGUCGUUCCGAAGUAACAUCGUCUUCAUUCGAUUCGCCAGUUGCAUCGGUAUGUCAGCAUGCAAUGCACCCCGUAGCAGCGCAUCAGCCACAACCACGAUGUCCCGUCUGUACUAUUGAGUUGCAUGUCAGAUACAUGAACGUUCUGACUGAAGCUCUCAAAAGUGCUGGUGGUCACGCGCCCUCUUGUACACUCACCAGUUCUGAGCACCAAGACACAGUCUAUAGCGCCUGGUGCAAGGGGAAGAUUAGCACACUCAAGGAGCUGUCGAGACUGGAGGCCAUGGCUGAAGAAGAGGCUGUAUGGUCCAUGCAGCACCCAGAGGCAAGACACGAAGAGACGCAAACCGCAGCGAAGGCGGUGGAGCUGUACUGGUCAGAAACAACUGGGUGCUUGGAAAAGCUACCGCGCACUAAAAAGCAAGCGACAGUAGUCUUUGCUCAAGAUACCGAUUUCGCGCCUGGACGACCAAACCCUUACUUUCACCGGCGAUCUCCUCGAUACGAGCCUGGGAAAUAUACAGUUGUGGCACUGGAGGAACAGGACGAGGAUCAGAUCUCGGAAGAUUCGGAAGACUACUCCCAGGUUAAGGUAUAUCAUGUUGGUGAAACAGAAGAGUCAGUCGACGAGAGUCACAUUUCCAAAGACGAGGAGUCACAACUGGCUCUUGACUCAAUCAAUGAGAUCGAAGAUGACGACGGAGAUAGUGACUGGGAGGAUCUUGAUUCUGACGAAGAGAGCUCUGAAUAUGGUGACGAAUAUGGUGAUGGUGAUGGAAUUUACUUCGAGAUCGAGGAAGAGGCGAGCUUUAUCGUCUUUGGCGAUGACUGAGCUGAUUCACAGCGGUUCGAUAUACAUUUACUACCACAUGACUACCACACGCAGUGCGCCGCAUACCAUGAAGCGAUGAGCACAAAGCGUACAAAU